AGGAAGUAGUUAAGAUGACGCAGAUGGCGUCCGAAAUUCCGCCGACGACGAAACCCGACAGAAGACGACGAAGCUUAGUGAUUUUCGGUGAUGAUCGUUCAGGCACGACACUGCUGACGCAAAUGUUUAGCAAAGAUCCAGAUAUUUUUGCAGUGUACGAACCGUUGUGGAUAACAAGAAAAUGGAGUAAAACAGAGUCAGACAGAAAUCUGUUAAAGGACGUUACAGAGGUGGUAGGAGCGUUGAUGACUUGUAAUUUCGUGGAGAACCCAACUGGAAUUAAAUUUUUGUCCCACACCUACAAAAACUGGGCACCUGGAUUAUUUGUAAACCCGUUCAAGUCUCAACCGAUAUGUAACGAUCCUGAUGCCUGCCCAAACCCCGAAACAAUCCCGGAUGUGGUACAAAAAGCCUGUUUACAAAAUUACAAACACAGUGUCACAAAAGUGGCUAUCGUUCGCGUCCCAGAAAGAAAACUCUCCAACAUUUUUCAGAAGAUAAUCGAGGAUAAUCCAGAUACGUUCAUCAAAUUUUUGCACGUUGUUCGCGAUCCAAGAGGAAGCAUAAAUUCCAGGAUCAAUUUAGGAUGGAUACCAGACGUUGACAAAGCAAAAAAUUUUGCUGGUUUGGCUCGGAGCACAUGCGAAGGGGUUCUACAAAAUGUUCAGUUCGGGGCGAGUCUCCAAGGAAAAUUUAAAGACCGUUAUAUGCUUGUUCGAUACAAAGACAUCGCGUCUUCUCCCCUUGUGACAGCCAUGAAUAUUUAUAAGUUUGCUGGGUUUGAAAUAUCAGAAAGUAUGAUCAGAUGGCUCAUGCAAGCAACGAACCCGAGCAAAGAAAUUCUUAAACAAGAAGGGAAACGAGCGUUUUCAUCGUUUCGAAAUUCCACCGCCAAUGUUGAGAAAUGGCGACAGGAGUCACCUGUAAGACGGGUUCAAACUAUCGAAGAAGAAUGCAGUGAGCUGAUGGAUUUACUGCAUCUCGAAAGACUUUCUUAAAAAUUUAUAAAAUUUAUUUUAUUCAACACUAGUCAUCUAAUCAGGGUCAUAGCCGACUCUUUUCUUAAUACUUCGACCCCAUAGAGCGACUUUCAUUUAAAAAAUUUCUCUCUCUACUAUCGC